AUGGGAGUUAUCCAACUAGAAGGAAUGAAUGAAGAUCCAUGCUACCAGGGAGGACAGGAAGGAAUGACUCAUCAGACUACCCCACAAGGGAUGACCCAAUGGAAUGUGCUGAGGACAAAUGCAAUGGCAGACCCAGUCAGAUGGGAUGACCUAGUAGUAUCCCCUUCUCCUAUGAAACAGGUACUGGCCAAGAGGCUGGUCGAUGUGGAGGCAGUGAUGAGACGCAUCCCAGGAAUGCCAGUCCCAACCAAGAAGAGCAGGCCCCACUACUACGCGGAUUCACCCUUUGUGGAUGAGAUCGCCCUAGCUGACAUGCCACAGAAGUUUACCAUCCCCAACAUGAAACUAUACAAUGGCAUAACCGACCCGGACGAUCACAUAGCCUCGUACAAGCAGCGGAUGUUCACUGUCUCAAUACCCCGAUCGCUGAAGGAAGCCUGCAUGUGCAAAAUUUUCGGUUUAAGCUUAUCUAGCCUGGCACUCCAAUGGUACAUGAACCUCCCGAAUGGAUCCAUCGACUCAUUCGCUCAACUCACUGACACCUUCGUGGAACAGUUCGCCAGAAGCAAGAAACUCAAGAACCUGUCGACCGACCUAUAUAGAGUAUACCAGAGAAAGGGAGAGCCACUGAGAGAGUAUGUCAGCAGGUUCAACAAAGAGAAGAUCUCCAUCCCAUCAUGUAACCUCGAGACAACCAUGGACGCCUUCAGGAAAGGUCUCCUCUCGGACGGAGAACUAUACAAAGAACUUACAAAGCUAGGUUGCAUGACAAUGGAAGAUGCUCUGGCCCAGGCAGUGAUCCAAAUAAGAUGGGAGGAAGAUGAGAUAAACCAAACAACUCACUCAAGGUACGACUCGAGGCAGAAUGAAAGGAAGCCAGAGCAUAGACUGGUGGAGCACCGCUACCAAUCCCUAGCACAUAAUACAAGCAGAGUCAGAAAAUCGUAUGAUCGCCAGCUAACGAGAACUGAUAAUAGACAGUUCGAAUUGAACCGGUACAAAAUACUGGAGUACAACCUCAACGUCGAACCAACCCAGGUCGUCACAAUUAUGAAAGGAAUGAGAUACACCGUCAAGUGGUCAAGCAAGCUCAAUCCCGAGGCAAGGAGAGACACGACCAACUGGUACGAGUUCCAUGGUGACCAUGGGCACAACACCGCAGACUAUAUUGCCUUGCGACUAGAGGUGGCCGUACUUCUAAAAAGGGGACAUCUCUGA